CUUCAUGUCAACCGACUCAAACAUUUCAAAAACAAAACAAUAAACUUCAUUCACAUAUCAUAUCAUAUAGAAAAAAUAAAUAAAUUAAUAAACGAAACGGUAAGUCGGUAACCGAUAUAAGUUCAGUGAUAAAAAAACAUGGCAUCAGGAAAAAUGAUGGAGGCUGUUUCUUACGAUUCUUAUGGUGGAGGUUCCGCUGGUCUCAAGCAUGUUGAAAUCCCUGUUCCUGCUCCUGGCAAAGGCGAGAUUCUGGUGAAAAUAGAAGCAGCAAGCAUUAAUCCUAUCGACUGGAAAAUUCAGAAAGGAGUAGCUCGCCCUAUCAUGCCCCGAAAAUUUCCAUAUACUCCAGUUAGUGAUGUAGCAGGGGAGGUUGUGGAGAUUGGACCUGGAGUAGAGAAAUUUAAAGUUGGUGACAAAGUUAUUACCUACCUUGGGGGAGCAGGUGGAGGACUGGCCCAGUAUGCUGUGUCUAAGGAGAGCAGCACAGUUCAAAGACCACCGGAAGUAUCAGCUGCAGAUGGAGCUAGUCUUGUUGUUGCAGGAUGCACCGCCCUCCAUGCCCUUGCUGUGACUGGCGGGAUGAAGCUGGACAAGGACGAACCACUCACAAAUGUUCUUGUAACUGCCGCGUCAGGUGGGGUGGGACACUAUGCGGUCCAACUAGCAAAACUCGGUAACACCCACGUCACAGCAACAUGUGGUACCCGUAAUAUUGACUUUGUCAAAAGUUUAGGGGCCGAUGAGGUUCUCGACUACAAGACGCCAGAAGGAGCUGCCCUUAAAAGCCCGUCAGGUCAGAAGUAUGAUAUAGUGAUUCAUUGCACCACCGGUAUCCCAUGGUCAACCUUUAAGCCUAACCUUAGCCCAACUGGGAAGGUAAUCGAUAUAACUCCAAGCGGUGGUACAUUUUGGACUUAUGCUGUGAACACAAUCACCUUCUCAAAGAAGCAACUCCAGCCAUUAAUUGUGAUACCAAAGGCAGAGGAGAUUGAGUGUCUUGUAAAGUUGGUCAAGGAACAGAAAUUAAAAACUGUGAUUGAUUCGACAUAUCCUCUAAGUCGAGCUGAAGAGGCCUGGGCCAAGAGCAUCGAGGGACAUGCUACUGGGAAGGUAGUUGUGGAGCCGUGACCUAAAAUGAUGAAUUUUACUUGGCGUUGGUUUUAUAGUUGGGGUGUAUCUUAUGGGGCUGUUAGAGUGUCGUCUAUUACCUUUCAAUAAAGUGUCAAAAAUUUCAGCUUUCUUGAUGUAUUAUAUUGUUUUUGUAUUUGCAAUUUGCUAGAAUUAGACAUGUAAACUAGUUCUAAGUGACGUGUUAAUGGGACGGGGCUUAAUCUGUACAUGUUCUUGAAAACGAAGAAACCACAUACGUGAAAAUAUUUUCUUUUUUGUUAUGAUAAUGAAUCUUUUUGUA